AUGAACGAGUGGAUGAUGCUGAAGAUGUCCGCGUUCGCCUUCAUCGCCAUCAGGCAGUUGAGGGUCGUCAUCUGCUUCCUCCUUAGCCACCAACACCAAUCCGCCACGUUGAUCUACUACACGCUGACGAGCAUCGGCGAACCGUAUCGAUCCCCGACGUUCCAUGCGAUACUUGGCCAGAUCCCGAUCGCCCUGGUCGACAUGUCAAUCCUCGGCGUCACGUGGUACUACUUCACUUGCACCUGCUACCGUAACAACCCGUGCAUCCGACUCGACCAUCUCGUCGUCAACCGCACCGAGCGCAUCGAAAUCAAGAAAAAGAUCGUGAAGCUGGCGAAGGAGCUGGACGCGAAAGAUAUGGCACAGGAGGCGUUGGACGCGAUCGGGACGAUCCCGGCGCCGGAAGUGGUGACCGUACCCCCAGAAGGAAUGACACCCAGGGCAUGGGAGGCAAAGCAGAAGCGGAGGAGGGAUAUGAGGGAACUACUCGAGAAGAUGCUCAACGGCGAAUCCAUCGACGUUAAGGAGCCGCCCAAGAAGGCCGACAAGGACAAGAAGGACAAGAAGGAUAAGAAGGACGAAAAGACGGAGAGGGAGAAGAAGAAGGAGCCCGAGAAGAAGAAGACCGACAGCGGCGAGGUGGUCAUCAACGAGAUCGACGUCGACGGGCCGCCGACCACG